AUGUUCAGUUUCCACCCCAACUCUGGAUCAUCAUCAUCAUCAUCAUCCUCACCAUCAUCACCUACGUGCAUCAUCACCAUCACCAUCAACAUCAUCAUCACCAUUAUGAUGGACUUCAACAGCACUGAGUCCUGGCUUUCUAUCAAUACUUCAUCUCCCAUCCAGUCUGUAAUAGCCAGUCCCAGUAACAGAAGCGGCAUGGAGGCAUAUCUACAAAGGCUGGCUCAUUUAGACGAGGGGCUCUACAAUGACUUUUACGGCCUUUGGAUUGCACUGAUGGUCAUAAACUCUCUCAUAUUCCUGGUGGGUAUGGUGCUCAACACAGUCGCACUUUACGUUUUCUGUUUCCGCACCAAGCAAAAGACCACCUCGGUGAUCUACACCAUCAACUUGGCGGUGACAGACCUCUUGGUGAAUCUCUCUCUGCCCACUCGCAUCCUGCUCUACUACAGUGGAGGAGCUUGUCUCACCUGCUCCUACCUGCACAUCUUCAGCUACUUUGUCAACAUGUACUGCAGCAUCUUGUUCCUGACCUGCAUAUGUGUCGACCGCUACCUCGCCAUCGUGCAGGUUGAAGCCUCUCGGCGAUGGAGGAAUUCCAGUGUGGCCAAAUGUGUGUGUGUUUCUGUCUGGCUGUUUGCCAUUGUGGUCACCUACUCCUUCCUGUCCACUGCUUUCCAGCACCCGGGCUGCUGCCUCUCAAAGCUCCUCUUUCUUACCAUCACUGAGUUCUUUCUUCCCCUCAUCAUCAUUGUGGUCUUCACAAUGCGGAUUAUGUGGGCACUAGCCGACCGCCGCCUGAUGCAGCAGAGCAGGGAGAGGAGGAGGAGGGCUGUCCAGCUGCUGACCACAGUGCUGAUCAUCUUCACUGUCUGCUUCACACCCUUUCACAUCAGACAGGUGGUGGUGUACUUCCACCCUGACAUGCCUCAUCAUGUGAUAGCCUACCACUUGACUGUCACUCUCAGCAGUUUGAAUAGCUGUAUGGAUCCAGUUGUCUACUGCUUUGUUACAAAUAAUUUCCAGGCCACCAUGAGAAAUAUUUUCCGGCGUGCAGAGCCAGAGCAGACUAGUGGUGACAUCAUCAGCAUGCAGCACAGCUCCAAGGCCUCAGGAGGGACGGCAAACGCCAUCACUAAUAAUACGAUCAUGAUGACCAAGAUCUCCAAUUCACUGCAGAGAGACAGUCAGGGGAAGAACCACACACUGUAGAUCCCCUUUCACAUGGAGUGAAGAUAACAGAAAGUUACUGCGAUGUCACAGUCGCCCAUGGAAAGGUGGCUGAUAUUUCUGGAUUCUGCAACAUGCUGACCAGUGAUAACAAGCCCAGUGACAAAGCUGUAAUGCAGGCAUGUCCAAAGUCCGGCCCAACUGUGGCCCGUGGACUGAUUUUAAACAUCCUGCAGCACAUCUCUCAAAAUAUACUAUAUGUGGUCUGCCACAGGACAUUGAUAACUCAAGCAAAUUCACUGCAUUUUUUUCUGUUCACCUCACAAUGACAGGGCUAUCACACAGUCUUUAGACAUGCACCAAGUAGUACGCACACGGAACUAAUGUGUUUUCAUAAACAGACAGUAAAAAAGCAAUCAAAUGGUUACCUAGCAAUAGACAUUUCCUUGCUAUGUUGCAGAUGGCCACAGCAAAGAAGGGGAAAGUUGACAGCAGUGGAAAGUUGAAUACUUUUUAACUGAAA